AUGGCAUCAAUGAAUACUAAUUCAUUUGUAUGGAAGCAUUUUUAUAAGGAGGAAGCUAACAGUGGAAUAGCAACCUGUUUUAAACGCAGGAAAACAUACAGAACAAGCGGAAAUACCUCUAAUUUAAGAGAUCACCUUAAAAGGGCUCAUAAUAUAACAAAUCAAUCACAAAUCCGAAAACGACACACUGAUGAUAGGAAUGCUUUUGAGACUCAGACAACCGAUACUUAUCUGCAACCGAGAAAAAUGAGAAGCCAGACACUUGAAGAAUCAAAAUCCAGAUGGGAAAUAGCCAAAUGCAAAUGUGGGUUUUUAACAAAUUUUAACAACACCACGAAUUUGAAAGACCAUUCGCAGAGGAAUCACCAGAAAAAAUGGGACAAAGCCACUGGGAAUAAUUCAAGCGGGAGCCAGAGCAGCAACGAAGAAAAUGUCUCAACAAUAACUGAUGGUAAAUCUGAACGCAAAAAAGCACUAGACAAUGCAGUUGCAAAAUUCGUAAUAAAGGAUUUGCAGCCACUUUCAGUAGUGGAAGAUGAAGGAUUUAAAAAUUUAAUUUUUGAAUUAGAUCCUAGGUACUCCCUGCCCUGUCGACGUACUCUGCGAGACAAAUUGAUUACCGAAGCAUACGAAAAAAUUCUCGAGGUGCUGUCUGGUGUUUUAGCAAGAACAAGCCAAAUAUCUCUUACUUUUGAUGGCUGGUCAAGCAGAACAAUGCAGCAUUACCUUACUGUGACAGGGCAUUUUCUAGAGGACAUGGUAUUAAAAGUGGCCACAUUGGGAGUUAUCUCGGUUCCAGGCAGAUCCACGGUGGCAGAUUUAAAACUUCUCUUGAACACACUUCUGACAGACAAGUUUCCAAAUUUAAAAAUCUCAUGUGCAGUCACGGAUAACGCGAAAAAUAUGAGCGCUACGUGCAAACACAUGAAGCUACCGCACUUGCCCUGCAUUGCGCAUUCUAUUCAACUUGUCAUCAAUGCUGCAAUUCUUCAGACAAACGAGAAGAAAGGUUCGAUUGAUGUCGAAGAAACAGACCUAUUCAGAAUUAUCGACGAUGACGAUUUUAUCGAAACCUGUGUUGACACUUCCGUAUACUCUAUCCUUAAAAAAUGUAAACAAAUCGUUACGUUCUUUCACCGAAGCGGAAUCGCCAUCAAGGAAUUGUCAAAUGAAUUGAUCAUACGAGAUCAGAAAGAUGUUAAACUAAUCCAGUCUGUCGAAACGCGUUGGAAUUCUUCAUACUACAUGUUGAAAAGCGUUUAUGCAGCCAAGGACGCAAUUGCUGUCGUUCUUAGCAAUGUAGACAAUGGAUUGCAACCCCUGACCUCGCAAGAAGCCAAACUCAUCCCUGAGAUUCUGGAAAUCUUGAAACCAUUUGUGGACAUGACAGAAGAAUUGGGCGGAGAUACCUACGUAACGAUUUCUAGAAUUAUUCCUUCUAUAAAAGAAGCAAUAAUCAAUGGAAAAUCGUUAACUCAAACACUUUCUUCAAAAAUCACCCUGGAUUUUCAAAAAAAAAAUUUAUAA